AUGGCAUCUGCUUUACAGAAUGCUCAAACGCAUGAUGACCGAGUGCAUGGAUCUCGCAAAGUGAAAGUCACUAUUUUAGCAUCUGAAUGGAGAUCAAGUAAUGGGGGGCUUUCUACUAUAAACAGAGAAUUAGCCAUUCAGUUAGCCAAGUUCCCUGAAGUGGAAAUCACUUUCCUUUUACCACAAUGCAGUCUAAAGGACAAAAAAGAAGCUCUUGAUUACAAAGUAAAGAUCGUAGAGGCAACGCCACUGCCUGGUUUUGAACAGCUGGAUUGGCUUUGCUUUCCACCAGAAGAUUUGCAAAUCGACAUUGUUGUUGGUCAUGGAGUUAAACUCGGUAAACAAGCGCAGGUCAUUAAGAAAUAUAAAACAUGCAAAUGGGUUCAAGUGGUACACACAGACCCUGAGGAACUUGGGAUGUUUAAAACCUAUCCUAGCCCAAUUUCAAAGGGUGAAGAAAAGCACAAGACCGAAGUAGAACUGUGUGAAAUGGCUGACCAUGUGGUGGGUGUGGGACCCAAGCUGAGUGAGGCCUUUCGCUCAUAUCUUUGUGGUUGUAAUAAAGAUGGUAAUGUCUUUGACCUCACUCCUGGAGUAUUUGAAGAGUUUGAGACUGUAAAGCAAGUCAGCCCAAGCGACAGGCCUCAACGGAGAGUCUUGGUGUUUGGUGGUGGAGAUGUAGAAGACUUCAAAUUAAAAGGAUUUGACAUCGCCGGGAAAGCGAUUGCUGAAUUACAAGAUACUCUUCUUGUGUUUGUUGGGGCAGCGUAUGGACAAUACGAAGAAAUAGCAAAGCAGUUAAUUGAGUGUGGUGUUCCUGCAAGUCGACUGAGAGUAAGAGGAUUUGUUCAAGACCGUGAUAGGUUGAAGCGCUUAUUCCAAGAAGUGGAUCUUGUAGUCAUGCCUUCGAGAACAGAGGGCUUUGGACUAACAGGACUGGAGGCAAUGUCAGCUGGUCUCCCUGUGCUCAUUAGUCGCAACUCUGGUUUUGGAGAAGCACUGAGUAAUGUAGCUUUUGGUUCAUCAUUUGUGAUUGACUCAGAGAACCCUGCGAACUGGACCGUAGCCAUUCAGAAUAUCUGGUCCAAGGACAGGGAAUGUCGACUUGAGGAGGCGGUGACCUUGCGUGAUUCCUAUGGCAGGAAAUACAACUGGGCCAAACAGAUUAAAGAGUUAAUUGACAAGAUGAUCACCUUGGCUCAUGGUAGGAAUGUCAGUUUUCUUUUUCUUCAAUGAUACAUUGUCAGAAAAUAAUAGAAAAACGAAAACAAACAAAAAUGUUUCCCUGAAAUCUUAAUAAUAUCGCACGUGAAUACGUUUCUGUACCUUAAACUGAUAUUAGGAAAACUGUAACGUUUGUAAUUUCUUCAGGUACAUUGCCUUUUGCAGGGGAAUGGUCUAUGAAGAGCGGUCAUGGGCUUUAUUUGCAGCAUUUCACAUACAGCUAUAUAUGACUGAAGCCAUUCAUAAAUAAUCACUGCAACAGCCUGGUUUCAGGAACCGAUUAUUUUUUCGUCCAUUUUGUUGCAACAGAUGAUUAUCCAAAGGUCCAGAGCUCCUUAGAAACAAAGUGCGACGCUUCUCAGAAGGCGGAAGGCAUGAUUGAGGACCAUGAAGGUAUAUGUUCGUAGACAUUAUAAUUAGUGUAACGCCUGUUGUCUAUGAAGGAUUGUUCUUAUGAAUCAUUAAAAUAAAUUGAAUUUAAAUGACUCGGAAAAACUCAGCUUUGGCAGAUAAAGACCUCUACACAUUUCUCUUAUACUCGUGUUAGUCAAGUUCCCAGGUGUACAGUCACACGGUUGGCAGACCAGCAUAGACUCUGCUUUCACACCGCCUAGAAAAAAAAAUCCUGGCCCAGGCCAAAGUUAACCUGCAAUUGUGCUCUCGCCCAAUAGAUUUGACCCUAGAACUUUGUUUCCGAGGCCAAGACUUAGUGGUCACCCAAGAAAAGCGAGCAAUAUCCCACCUUUCUGUUUCAGCCCGGUAAUUGAUCCUCUUAGCCUAAUGGAACGAGAAUACGUACUAUAUUGGACGAUGCAGACUCUGCGAAUCGUAUCAACUUUGUCCCAUCUCAGAGCUUUACAUAAUGCUCUCUGGGAAACUUUUCUUAAGGUGACCAAAAACGAAAUGUAAACUGCUAAUGUAAGCGGCACCGAAACCAGCGUUAGACGCGCACUGGCUUCACACAAAAAAGGAGGGAGGGGAGGAGGCUUAUUAAAGAACUCAUAAUCGUGAAAUUCAGCCACAGCCACUUUUACAAAAGUCCCUAACCACGAAAUAACCAAUAAAAAGGUGCGACAUCAGCAAAAAACACAAUAAGCAAGAUAAUACAAGAGAAUUUGAGAAGAAUUACAAAAUAUUGCUAACCCGGUUUUCAUAAAUCGUGGAAGCUAUCUCAAUGGAAUCAGUGCCCGAUUAUGUUUAAGAGUAUUUUUGCAAAGCGAAAUAAAAUUCAUUUAGUAGAAACCUGUCAUCUCCCUAUGAGCAUGAUUUUACCUAGAAAAGUGCUUCUUUUUUACCAAAUGAGCCCGCCAAAAAAGGAACAUUCACGCAUGAGAGAAUCAUGAGGGACAUUUCACUGAUCUUUAACGAAUCUAGAGUUGCUCCUUUCUUAUUUAUUUGCAAUAAUUACAAGUAGAGGAAAUUGGGAAAUUCAACAAUGACAAAUUCCCCACCUGUCGUUGAAAAAUGCCCCCUCUCUAAAAGCUACAACGAGAUAAAUGCCUUACAAGCGUCCUGGAUAGCCAGCUGUGUACUGUCGCCCCCCUCACUUCAGAAACAAUCGGGGAGAGACUUCUGUGAUUUCUCUCGUCGAUUUCUUCCUAGGGGAGGGGGGCGUCUAUACAUAGGCUACAGUGGAGGGAUGGGCGCGCUUGGAAGUGACUGAACCUUUCAUUGAAAUUAUCCCAACUGGAACACAUUGUUUGGCUUGUAUUCACAGAGCCUUCUAUGAAAAUUGACAGCAAGCCAAGAACAAACCCUUCUGUUGACGAGCAUCUUAAUUCAGAAGCUUCUCUUGGUAGUGACCGUGAAAAGAAAGCCGGUCCUGCAUCAGGAAGUCAAACGGAAAUAUCCAUAGUCUCCCAUUCACACAAUAGACGUAAGCGCAAAAAGUCAGAAUCUGAUUGCGACCCAGGUAUGGGCUAAUGUAAUUUGCUUUCUUGUUUUUGCCCACUAGUACAUCUUAAGGGUCGGUUUUCUCAGAGGCACUUUUUCCCUUCAAGAUUUGUUACCGUUUGCACCGUAGCAGUUCAAUACUUUGCUCAUUGCAGCUGGCAGCUCCGAUUCAAUACCAGAUUUUACCUUGGGCUGGCGAAUACAAAAAAAAUAAGAACUAGAUUUUAUAAAUACUCAAACGAUGAAGACUGAAAUGAAGUUACAACAAUAACAACAAAUUUACUUUAUUUCAGUAUUUACCUCGCCAGUAGCUUGCUUGGUAUCAAGGACCCUGAUAAGAUCUUCAGAUACCUGUGGUUCUGACAAUUUACACAAACCACCCAGAUGGAAAUCUUGUGCAUAAGCAUAAAACUAUAAAAUUUGACGUGGGGGAAGAACGAAUCGCUGCACCAUAUAUGCAAAUCAAAUAAACAGAAACAUCUCUAAACAUCUAAACAUCUCUUCAAAUCACAGCCCAUAUUUUCUGAAGCUUCCCAAAAGGAAUGACUGGAACUAUUUAAUUUUCUAACCAGAAUUUCCUGUUUUCCCAUCUAAAUGUUUAGUACGCCUGGUGACUUAAAAAAAAAUUCUGUAUUCGGUUUGUUGCAUUUUGCUUCUUCACUAUAAACUGCAUACACUCCGAUGUGGUUGCUUCUGCCGAAUGCAGACAUAUUUAUCCCAUGACUGUUUUCUAGCACAUGACUGACUCAGUUUGUUAGAGCUUAACAUUACAGUGACUAACUAAAGGUUGCUUACGUAUGAUGUUGCCAGCAGAUGCUGGGUAGUAAAACAACAUCAAUUGACUCUGAAAAUGGCUACCACACAGGUUGUCGAAACGUCAGUCACUGUUAACAACAACAGUCCUAUUCACGGACUACGUUCACCCGGGCGAUCAUACUCAACCUACUUAUGAAAUGGGGAUGUUUUUUGACUCCAGUCUAGAGCUUUCAACAUGAAACAUUCCUGAGGUAGAUCACUAAGUGAUCGUGUGUCGUAUGUAAUAAUCUUUGAUGUUUCUUAAAUAGAUAUAAGUGGUGCAUUAUUGUUAUUGAUACCAUCACGCAUUAUAAUUGAUACGGAUUAAUAAAGACCUAGUAAAUGCUUUUCCCCGGGUAUAGAAAAAGGAAAAAGAGUUCACUCGAUCCUAAACGGUAUAUUUAACGAAGCCGGCGGGUCUUAGCUUAUAGUAACAUGUCUUUUCUAUGAUAAAAUAGGCAAUUCUUUUAAUGGACUAUAUAUAUAAAUCAUCUUCUUAUAGCACUUUCUCUUGUACAUAUUAAUGACCAGUCUUUAUAGCAUUUUUUCAAUAGCCAAAAUUUAACUUUUUAAGCUGCUCAAUGCCAAAUAGGUUUUGAUGGCGGAGCACCAUGCGUAAGAAAAUUAGGUAAACUAUCCAUCCCAGAAAAUUUGGUUAUGACGUAGCGUACGCCCGUCCGUACACACACUUCAUGUUAGCCGAUGUCAAAUGUCACAAUAGAUCUUGCACAACUUGACUAGCCUCUUAGUUAUGUAAGCCAUCCGUAUGAGUACGAUUAGAUUAACAGCUGUCAAAAUCAGACAUCCGCUGACAAUUAUCACAUGACCGUCUCGCGGGCUCAGAUAAAAGACCAGUCGUUUUGUCCCUAUAUAUAAACUGAUAUAAUAUGUCACACUUACCAAUUCAACAUAAAAACGAAACUACGCCGGGAAAGGCUGUCAGUUGGCUGAUAGUCGUUUAAAGUUACAUUGGCAGGCCAAAUUAAGGUCAAUUGACAGCUGUCAAAAUGGGACAUGUGCAGAGCGCUAUCAGAAAACUAAUAACGAGGGCUCAGGUUCGCUCAGGUACACGAUCUGGCAUUUUCCACUACAUGCCGGACGGAAAUGUCCUACUCACUCUCGUACUCUGUUAAUUCGAAUAUUCGCCAUUCUAAUGAAGGUUAAUUUACAGCUGUCAAACUAGAGUAUACGCUGACCAUCAUCACCUGAGUGGAUCGCGGGCCCAUUUUUUAUCUAUUGAGGUCACGUAGUGUUUAAAGUUUUGCGCUGAUGUUUUAUUUGAUCACGGGCUCAAUUCGAAGCCCCAUAGCUUUAUAGAAAAUCUAUCCAUCCUAGAAAAUUCGGCAAUCACGUGACCGUACACCGACCACCCGACCUUCCGUCCGUCCGCACCACAGGCAUACCAAUGUUUAAUCCCACACUUUCUAGCUAGUUUGGGAGCCUGCAACCUGAUAUUGUACAUCCAUGUUUUGUUUAAUUGACAGCUGUCAAAACAGUACUUCUGCUGACCAGUAUCGCCUGACCGUAUCGCGGGCUCAGGUAUCGACCCUCUGAGUUCGAGUAAUAUUUUGAAGGUAUUCGCUGACAAGUUGCUACUUUUCAAAUGCUCGCAGGCUCAAGUUUAAUUUUUUUAAAAUGCAUAUGAAAUAAGUCGUGUUUCAUGAGCCGCACUUUUAAAAUGUUGAUUUCGAACUGAUCUCGGACACGAAAAUUCAACCGGCUUUUACAUUUACAUGCAGGGAAGGCAAUCUCUUUUGACUUUUCUCACUGUCACGCUUUGAUCACCCUCUACCUCCAAUUUUUAUAUUCUGAUUGGUCAAAAUUUGACAGGUGAGUUUAUGCGGAAAAUUUUUGCAGCGUCUGGAAACUUGCUUACUGAUAGCUGGAGCUGAGAGAGUUUUGUGUCAUCUUGUGAUGUUUUAAACUGUCUUUUUCUACUUGGUGUACAAAAUGAAAUACAGCUGCUAUCAAGAUUGUUCUGUAAUUCGUGGCUGGUUUGUUUAUUCCGCUUUUUGUUGACAAAUGCACCGCUUGUCCAAGUCAUUGGAAAUCCGAUUUCGGAUGGCAUCGUUUUCAAAAAUGAGCUUACUCACUUGCCCUUGCUUGAGGCGUAAGAACGUUGAAAAGUCUCAAGCGAUUCUGGAACACUUGAUGACCUUCAGAAGCAGCAUCUCGACUGGUAAGCCUGAGCCAUUAUUGUUUUUUUAUGUGUUUUUUUUCUCGGUUUCCUGAAGUCGAGCGUAUGGUUUAUGCGGCUUAAGUUAAAACACGAGCAAUGAUCUAACCUACAAUAGUAUCAGGUUUAAAAAGCCUUUAGACAUUUUUUGACCCGCAAAUUCAAAGAAAAGGUUCCGAAGAUUAUUUAGUUAUGAUUUUGGCUGUAAACAGAAAGCUCUGAGCGAUUUUCUUGGCUCGAGUUCAUCUUGAAAAAGAGCGAACACCGGAAAGCCGGCUUAAAACAUAAAUAAGCUUAUGCUUGCCUGACUCAUGAUUUUCUGAGACACUUUACUCUCAAUACUUUUCUUCGUGAAUUAAAAUUAUUGUCUCUGUACAUGUUUCACCGAAUUAAUCUUAUUUUAUUGAUUGUUAAUAGUCCCUCUCGCAAUUUUCAUCGCUGCACCGGUUGUUUCCAGUCGAACAUAAACAUCGCAUGUAGGAAUACUCAAAACGCCGCGCGUAAAUAUCACUCGCUUUUAAAGAUUACACAUAACAAAAUCAUACACAGUUUAAUGAAUAAAGGGAAAUAAAACCUAGACAUACUAAUUUCUCUAUCAUGUUGAAGCGUAAAUGGUAACUCUAUUAAUCGCACUGCAAAUUUGGUGCCUGUCAAAAGUGAGAACCCGUCCGGCUGGCCGAAAAGUGAUUUUGGGAAUUUUUUUUUAUCGUUUUCAUUACAAGCCCAUAAUUAUUACCCCGCAUAGGACCAGAUUUUUCUAACAGAAAACGUUUUAUAAUUCAAUGCUAUAAUGUGUUGUGCAAAGGAAGCACGUGCUUUGAUUGUCGUGGAUAUUGAAUGAGUGCAAAUUCUCUUGGAAAAUUGUGAAAAACUGCAGAAUUAUAGGUUUAAAUAGAGCAAAAAAGAAAAAUUCUGUCCAAGGUCUGUGUACUGUUUACUUGAGACGUGAUGAGAAAAAGUAUGUUUAAAAGGCUGGUUUACACGCCACCAGAUUCGUCGCCAAGAUUUACUAGUAAACUAAACGUGUAAAUUGGCUGCCACCAAGGACUAUCGUGGCGCAUGUGUUUCUUAAAAUUAUAUUUCGGGGUUGUCCAAUUAUCCAUAGUCUCUCUAACGGAGCAAUGUUGGAGAGACUGGCGAAUGCCACAUUAUGAUGCUACAGCUAAUGCAAAUACAAUACACGAAUAGGUCUAUUUGUUUUCCAGGCCUAAUCUACUGUGAUCGAACAUGAUUGCUAUUUUUCGGUGUACAAAUAACUUGAUGUAAAAUUUGUUUCACUCUUGGACGGUCAAAUUCUGAUUUUUCUCUAAAAUCACUCAGCCUUUGCCUCAAAAGUCAAAUGAAUGUGCCCUGAUCUGUGGAUUACAGGUUUAUUGUUUGAUUUAAAUUAUGAAUUUAUUAACGGGAGCUUCGCUUUUAGCCCUGGCUAAAUCUAUAUAUUAUCAAGUGGUAAAUGUCCUGAAAGUUAUAGGAAAAUUAAGUUUGCCUUGAUUCUGUUGGGGCGAAGGUGUCCACGAUGUCUAAACAAAAAUUGCAAAGCCUACAAGGGGCUUGUCCAAAAUUAAGAGGACAAAGUCGCUGUUGUCUGUAGACGGAUUGCUGCAAAUUGUAAAGGAUAGAUAUUAAUAUUUGUUUCAUGCCGCUGCACCUUUUAUAAGGUAUGUUAUUAUAUGGCUGAGUCUGUUUUCGCCAUGUGAUUGGUCAAUUUGCGGUCCGUAACUUGCUAUACGGACCAAAAUUUCAAAGAAAAUUCUCAUUUCGGAGCUCUAACCGCGGUUAACCCUGUUUACCGCGGAAAAAAAGGUUAAAAUUAAGUUACAAGACGUCUAUCAACCUUGAGGACUUAGAUUUUGACUUUGUCCCUCAACAUUUUAAACCAUGUGUUUAUUUGUGAGCGAAGGCGAUAAGGAAACUAACUCGUAAUGUUUUUGAAGAGGAUUCUAGUCAGUGUUUGAAUCUCGAGUUUGAAAAUUUUAUCGUAGUACACAGUUAAGAAGACGAAAAUGGACUGCCAGAGAUUUGAGAUGUUUUGCCUAAGAGAAAAUGAGUAAUUCCUUCGACAAAUAUGAUAACAAACAUGCCUGCAUCCGAUCAUCUUGACGAGCUUCUUUGUCAUUUGCAGUGUUUUUCCAAAGACCAAGGAAAGAAAGAUAGAAGCCACUCCGAGCCAGACAUAAUGUCCAGUUUUCAAGACUCCAGCGUCACACUGGCGAGUGAAUUUUUCAGUACAGUGCUCUUAGUUUUGACCAAAUAUACUUAAACUAUGUCUGUAAACCCUGAGGACUGGGAUGUUGACUUUGCCUUUCCAGAUUUUAACCUAGCUUUGUUUGAACGAGAACGAAGCUGAUGUAGAAACUGAAUCGUAACCUUUCCGUGGAAGAAAAUAUGGUCCUUUUUUGAAAAUUUUAACGCAGAUCACGCUUGAAGACGAGAAUGAACUGGCAGAAAUUCGAGAGGUUUUCCCAAAAAAAUUAACGAGUGAAUCUUCGACAAUGACAACAAACUUACCUUGAAAAGCUUCUUUGCCUUUUGCAGUGUUAUAUUUUUUUACAAGGACCAACGGAGGAAAGAUGGAAACGACUUCGAGAAAGACACAGUGCCCGGUUUCCAAAAUACUCCAGCGUUAUAUUAAAGACCUAAAACUUACAGCGCUCUUAGUUUUGACCAAAUAAACUUUUUCAACUCGGGGAAUUUGUUUUCACUUUCUCGGAAACCCUUUGUUGUUUGCUAUUGUUUUUGUGAGCCAAUAAAAACUUUCUUUCUUGACGCCUGUCAAAUGAUUGUCAAAUCGCGCGUCCUGUACUUGUUUCCGGUCCCCGAAACUGGAAGAAGACAUAUAAUAAACAUCUUAUUAGCCUCGUUUUUUCGGUCCGUACUGUAAAUUACGGAUCCUCGUUUUAAGCUGUCGUUAUUCAUACAUCUAUUCGAUGAGCACCCUGCAAUGAUCCUGGUCAUGUGGACCUCUUUACGUACUUAGAUAGCUGAUCAAGCCUAUCUUUGGCUAGAAAGACCUCCGUUUGACCAUUGACACUUGCAAUUCAGUGAAACAAAAAGUCCUGUUAGAUAGUUCAUGAUAACAAAUUUCAACCUCAAAUUGCCGAAGACUAUUUUGACGAACGCCUUUUACUUUUACAAGAAAGCAAACGGAUUUAUUUUAAUGAUUUCCUUUCAUUAACCUAGCCAUUUGUUUCAGGCACGCCUUUGAUACAUUCACACCGAAUCGAAAAAAAUGGCACCGGAUAACCGAACUAGGUUUUAUCAAAGUAUAAAUUGUGGUUCAACUUUAUCCUUGGUUGAAAUUUUAUUUUCCUUUGUUUUAGGGUCUAGUAAUGUAUGAUGAUGAGUUAACAACAUAGGGAAAUAAAUUUUAAACCAAGGAUAAAAUUGAACCACAACACAUACAUCAACAGGAGGAUAACUUGGUAAGGGACAACUAUAGGGCCACCUGGACAGAUUUGGUCAACUGGCGUUACCAAAGCAACGACUUUGAGAAAGCUAGAGCAAACACCUUUUAUCCUAGAAAUGGUUGAUUAAUUACACCAAUGUCUUGGUUUCUUUUUCUUUAGCGUAAAUUGUGUAUUGAUCACGUUUCAAAAGGCUAAGGUGGCAUGAACAGCUCACAAGAAUAAAUUUAUUACAAGCGCUCUAAAUUGGAACUUGAACGAUAGAGGAUAACUGGAAGAACUGACCGAAAAACUUAUCCAUAGUAGUUAGUUAACUGUAAAAGAAAUCGUUUUACUCAGAUUUUACCAAACAAUCAAUGCAUGCAGUUCACCCAACUCAGAUUUGGUUUCAGCUGAUCUCAAGGAUCAAAUAUCUUAUAAUAGACUUAACAUGAUACUAAACGCAAGGUGUUCAAAAAUUUAUAGAUAGUUUAUAAAUAGUAAUUACCUGAUGCAAAAAUUGUAAUUACAGUGCUUUAAGUUUGGAACUGAGGUAACUAACUUUAAACAAAGAUAUAUUAUCAUGGGGUUUUACAUGUCUUGCCUGUGUAACCGGCGAUUUCUUUGGGACGUUCUUUGCCGUUCCCCCAUGUUCCCCUCCUUUCGCCUUGCGCUCGCCAAACCCUCCCCCCACCCCUACACCAAAAAGUUGCCACCUACGCAGUAUAUAAUCACCAUCGCUUCCCGCGAUAAAUGUCCUUUUUAAAUGUUUUCUUGGUAGAUUUGUCAUGUGACCUGGUAUCUUUGCCUUAAGUCGAAAGAGGGAGCGUUUAACGUAAAACAUUCCGGAGGUAGCUGAUAAUGUAAUGCAGGAAUGAAACUCUGACUUCUCAAAUGAAUGCAAGUGGUGCAUUAUUGGUUUUGAUACCAACGCGCAUUAAAAUUGACACAGACUAAUAAAGAAAGUUGUUGGUAGCACGUUUAGGGGAAAUUGUACGAUAGUGUUCAGUAGUGUUUCUCUACGAAAUACAUCAUUCGAAUUUCUCUUUUCUGGAGAAUUAAUGUUUCUAGUGUUGUUUGACGAGACAAAAAUGGCUGCGCAGGAGAAAUAGGUUUUCCUCAAUGAAAAUUUAUCCUUUCUCAUUGACAUUUUCUUUGUUUUCAGUCAUUACUACCAAACACCAUUAUUCAGACCUUAGCGAAGAACAGCAACGAGACGUCCAUGAACUUCUAACUCAACAAAUACAUUUUUACACCAAAUAUCGCACGGUUGCAACUCCUGAUGGAGUGUCUGCUCUGAUUGAACAUAUACACAAAACGUAUAACUUGGCCUUGGAAUCUGUUGGUGUGGGUUCUCUAGAAGUAAAAUUUCGGUGCCCCACCAUAGAGAGCCUUGAGCAUUUGUGGAGUGACUAUCAGUCUGGCCAGCUAAAUGAUAUUGCCGAGAGAUACCUUGUGACCGAUGAUAUAAAGAAAAAGCUGAACUUGGAGGCGAUCAGCUUGAAGACAUCUAUAGAAGAAGAAAACUACCAGAUUUGCAAGAGGAUUUUAAUGGAAAAAUCAUGUGAGUUUGGAAGCCCCAUGUAAGCAGUUGACUGCAGUGUAACUAAAACAAUUGAAAACUGAAAUCGGAUCUAAAACAAAGAAAUUAAUCAAAUUGCUGACAGUGGGCCAAAAUUGACAGUUCAGUCAUUCAAAAUAUACUGGAUAGAUGAGUAACAUCUACUUUUUUUUCUAACCUGCGUUUAACUACCUCGCGAGGUGGUUUAAAAAAACCUAACCUGGUUAAGAAAAUCUUUUGUCCUUCCUUGAAUUGCAUAACCCGGUUAGAACUCGGUUAAGGCCGCAGAAAACCCCGCCGUAUUGGCAGCUUUUUUCAAACGAGUUACCUUUAAUUAAUUAACUGGAAAUAACUCGGUUAAAGGAGCUGUGUCAAGAAAUUCAGCCAAAUUAAGUUUGACAAAAUGCCCGUUAAAUCCAGGAGAAACAAAAAUAACCGCUUAAAACAUUAAAGGAAGGUUAAAAUAACACAACAGAUACAACAGAUGCCACGGAUGGGCAAAACUGGAGAAGACUGAAACGGAUUGAAAUUAGGGUUUUUGAAAACUGUUCAGCCUAACAGUUUUUCAAAGUUUAUCUCUGCUGUUUGCAACUUCAAAAAUAAUGCUCAGGAGACAUAUUUGUUUGUCUCAAAUCUCUGACUUUGUCAUUUACACGUAAUUUCUUUGCUUACUCUAAGUUCCAUAGCGAUUGAGGGCGAAUAAUUGGCAAAAUUGAACAAAAUGGUCUGUACUGCCGUGACACAGCCCCUCUAAGUCCCCAAGUGCAGCCGCACCCAGACUAUCUGUCUUCUCAUUAGCUAAGAGCCUACAGGUAAUUUGCAAUGCAUGAUUUCCAACAACAAUAUCAAUUUAGGUUCCUUACGACGGUGUGUUUGUCGUUAUUUUCUUCAAAACGAUGUGUAAUAAAACAAUUAUUAGAUUCGGUUUUUGUGAUAUCCUAAUCAACGUCUCGGUAAGCCUGUUAUCACGAGUCUCGGCCUUCGGCUCGGAUGAUAACACUUACCUCGAACUUACCGAGACCUUGAUUAUUCCGGAUAUUGCAAAAACCUCAGCCAAUAAUUGUUUAUAACAGUACUAAGAACGUUAUGUUUAGGUCAGCAAGUGAAAAAUGUGGACACCAGAGAGGUGUCUGGGCCUGUUGGCUAAGGUUUCACUCCUUAUCGCUAGUGGAGUAAUUUUAACUGCUGUCUUUUUUUUUAACAGUAUUUUCCCAACAAGUGGAUUUAAUGCAUAGUUGUUAUUUGAUUCUGUGUUAUCAGUGUUACCAGUCAACAGUGACCUCUCACCUUCAGCUGAAUCAGAUCAAGAAGCAGCUUUACCACCAAUUGACACAAGCUUGGAUGAUUCUGAGGUAGUCGAGCUUUUACUUGGAAAUAAAAAUUGAAAAAUUGAAAUAAAUCGAGCGAUGCAUCUUGCCUAUUUGUUGAACUAAUGAGCGGUAUCGGGUUAAAAAUAACUUGAUGUCUAUUUUAUAUGUCGUCUUGCCUACUUGGCAUGUCGUCUUGACUUUUUGUUUUGUUGUCACGCGUCGCCAGCCAUCACUGCAAGGAGGAAGGAGGGGCGUCAUAAUAAUAAUAAAUAGUGAAUAACGUUUAAGAGGUAGGAAAUGCAGAAAAUGGUUCUUCGUCGUCCAUUCCUAGUUGAAUUGGAAUUUUGAAAUGCUGGUUUUUGAGGAGAACAAUAAUAGUACUCAGACGAAAACCUCUGGUAACAAAGGAGAAAACCAACAACAAACUCAAUCAAAAUAUGACGCCGAUGCCGGGAUUUGAACAUUGAUGAAAGGGGAGUGCUCUCAAAACUGCGCCACCCUCGCUAACCAUGAAUGUGCGGAGGCCGUUUUUAAGAAAAGAAGAAAAGCCAGGACUAAAACGGCUUUCUUAUAUACAUUUUGUGCAGGGAAAUUUGCAUAAUCAAUUCAUACACGGUUCAUGCAUACAUGGGAAUUUUAGCUUGAAUGAUUGCGAGAUUCGAGGUGUUUGUUCGUAAAAGCACCAGUGAGAAUAGAGCGUUUUCACUCGCGUGACCAGCAUCUAUGCAAAUUUAUUGGAACAGAAGAAAGCUUUAACAUAAGAAAAAGGUUCGACUCGACACAGGAUCGGUCCUGGACACCAAGAUGGUCGACGUUUUAUUGUUUAUGGUCGCUAACGUCCACGCGCGAUCCGUACACUGUGUUUGCGACAAAUUUAUAAAUUAAUAAACCUCGCUUCGUGAAGAAUAGGGGAUGUAAAUAUCCUGAGAAAUAUCAAGGAAGGAAGGAAUGAAUGAGCCUUUUUUCUUCAGAACAGGAAGUGCCUCAUGAAGAAUUCCACAGUUUUAAAUUAUUUGAAAUUAUUGCAUUUAGUGAGUAUUCUAUUUGUUUAAUCAUUCUAGGACAAGACGCAGGUCCCGACUCAUCAAGCGGGAACUGAGACGGCAAAAGUAAGUUCAGUGUGAUUCAUGUAACAGAGUUAAUUAAGUUCUUUUCACAAAAAUUGAAUCUUCUCAGGUCUUUGUAUUUCUUACCAAUUACAGCGAGAGCUGAUUUUCACUUCAAAGUGUUUUUAACCUAUGGGUUAGUUGUAUGGGGUUCCUGCGGCAAAUCGCUCUUUGAUGAGCUGGAGAAGAUACAUGUACGUGUCGCAAAGAUCAUCUAUGGCCUGGAUUAGUACACACCCCGCGAUCAGGUCUUAGCCCAAAGCAAGUGGCCCAUUGUUAAAGAUUUAUACGAAUAUAGAUGACUUAUGUUAGCACACGACUGUUUUUGUAACUUUUUACCUGUUCCUGUUAUGAAGCUGUUUACGAAAUAUGAGUGCAAUUAUAACCUGCGAAGGAAACUGACCUUUUUGUUGCCAAAACCAAACACUGAUCUGUGAUCGGUAACAUCUUCAGUACUGACCAAAUUUUGACAUUAAAAGAGUAAACUGAUCCUUACGGCAGGAAGAGUGACAGGAAAAAGAAAGAAAGAAAACAAAAAUAAAAUGGCAUUAGAACCUUGUGGUAUAAGUCAACGAAAUGAACUCAGUAUGUGACAUUUAUCUUUUUAGUAGCCUACCAUUUUCUGAUUACUAUGUAUUCAAAUCUCGCAUGUGUGACCUAAGGUUCGAAUUCAUCUUGCAUCUGUAUUCAUUUUUUGUUCUUUUUUAUCCCCCGUUGAAGGUUUGUGUAGCAGACCUAAAUACUGGGCAAAUAUAAUUCAUCGUUUCCAUGGUCAAAACUUCCUAACUUCCAAAUGCAUCAUAUGAAACUCUUGUCAUACAUCGAUGAACAUUUGAUAUUCAGUGAUCAUACAUGAAAGAUCUAAUGACUCUCCCUCACUGCGUAUGCGCAGUUCAAGGCAGCAUCACUAAAUUUAAAAUGGCGGAGCGAGGUUUAUAGACGAGUAUGGCCAGUGUUUAAAGCAUAGUUAUUAGCCAUGGUUUAAAGCUAACAAUUAAAAAUAAAAUGAGAAAGGGCAACCAUCUGUAUGAAAUUGAAGUUCGCGAGUUCGAUAAAGAGAAGAAAAGGAUCAAAAUUCACUACAAAGGUUUUAGCGAAGAUACAGAUCAAAUGAGUGGCGUGACUAUGGUUCUUUAUUUGACCUCGAAGGAUUUCACACUGUGUCUUCACCUUCUGCACCGCAACUUCAUUAGAGUAAAUUUUGAAUCGAUAUUUCGGUCCCGUUUUCCAUCCGUUCAACAACUUUGCCAGUGAUUUUUCUCCUGUCUUGCUCGCACGUCUAUAAGCCGUUUGCAGUAAUGAAAUGUUCUUUUUGAAGACGUUUAGAAUACGGAUGUUAACAACAACGUCGCCAACACCAGAUUCUUCAAAAAUUCUUUUCACGACGGCGGCUAUGGCGGACACGUAACCGAUUUCUGCGUUUUCAUUCUCCUUGCCAUAAUGUAUAAACGAGAAAGCUGAAAGAAAUAAAAUGUAGAUUCCGGCAAGUUAAUAUUAUAGGAAAUUAUUCACUCAAAACGCAAAUCUGAUUUUAACCUGACAAUGUUUUCACGGCUGGUAUAGUAACUUUGUAUCAAUUCACAUCCUAGGCCUCAAUACCUGAGCCAAACCUUGAAACGGAGAUAAAAGGUUCACAGAACUACGAUAAUAUUAAUAGGCACAUUUACUUGUUCAUUUCGUGUCGGAAUGAAGGAACCGUUCCUUCCCGUACCAUCGCAUUGCCAAUUGCUUUGCUACCCGGUAUUAAAGACAGAACCAACAGCGGCAAACACGCGACCAAGUAAAACUUCAGGGCCAUGGGUCCGUGGGAAAAUCUUGAUCAAUAUUGAUCAAUUUGGUACCGAAAUGCGCGGAAUAUUAUACACUUUUUAAAUCUGGUGGUAACUAAGCGAUCCCAGUAUGCACUAGGACGCUAUGCCCUAGUUUUCCCCAUCCGAUCUAUAUUUACCCUUUGUGGGCCUCCUAAAAAACACUCAACUUGCCAAAAGUAAUCGCCAAAGUCCGUGGAUUUUUUCAGCAAUCGACGACAAAACAAAGGAAAAGAUAUGUGUUAAAGGUGUAAUUUUCGAAUUUCGGAGGUAACUUGUCAUGAAUCUUCAAACAAAAAGACAACGAAAGGAAAAACUGCAAUUUUUACGAAUAUUUUGACCGAGAUCUACUAUGGGCGUGGUCACUGGAAAUAUGAGAGACCUUUUGUUAACAAGAAGUUUCAUAUGGAAAACUGGGCUUUAUUUGAAAGACUUACGCACAGCCAGUUAUCGGCAUUAUCGGUAUGCCCCCCGGGACUCAAAGCACUCGAAAGCCAGCUCUUUUUUUGCCCAGUUCAAGGAUGCCUAAAUAAGCACCUUUCAGCGCCUGGACUUACAUUAGAGAAAAUAUCAGUUUCUCGAGGAGAAGCACAGCCUUUUGGGAAGUUUACCCCAGCUGAGCGCCCGGGUAACUCUCUAUGAUAAUAGCGUAUACGGCAACUGGCUCCGCCCGAAAGGGGUAGCUAAGGUUUCAGGUAUGUUGGAGGGUAGUGGAUUUUAAUAUCAAAAGUAUAUAUGAAAGGUUGAGAAAAGGACCCAAAAGGAAGGAUUAAAAAACAAAAUGCAGAGAAAAUAUCUUGUUUUUUUUUUUUUCUAUUCAUAGAGUUUUGAAAUAGGAAAAAGAGAGGGACAGUGCAUUCAAAGCGGAAUGCAAAAAAAAGCGACUUUUUAAGGGACACCAUUUUUUAAUGGAAAGUGCACGAAAGAGGAGACCUUUUCAGUCAAAAAUGGUAUAUAAACUAAAUGGGUAAUGGGUUCAUUCCUGGGGCAGUGACUCCCCGUAUAAAACUUUGUUGGGUAUCCCGUGUCGUUGGGCGUGUCAAUAUUGCGUUUGAUAUGCUGAUCUUGAAGACGAAGAAAGCUGAUCGAUGAACGCGUAAAAUCGUGCUCUUGUAACUAAUUACUGAGAUUUUAAGCAUGUCCACCUACUCUCUUCUAACAUUCCGCAGUACAGUAUUCUUCCAAUUUUAUUGCGUAAUGACAGAAAAUCUGGUAGGCCAGAGCCCCGAUUUUAGUGCGCGCCGUAGGAGGCCUAAUCUCCACAGCAACAACCGCAGAUCGGUUUCCAAUAACAGACAAGCGUUACUUUCGUAAUUAGUUUUAAGCAUUCCUCCAGACACCUUUGGAGAGCGCCGGACACAUUGCCUGUCAAGGAACUUUGUACUUGUGAUAGAACGAACCAGAUAUCUCAAGGAAACGCGAAAUUUGAUCAGACUAUUUGGGUAUUAUAAAUUCAUUUCACGGUCGAUUGAAAAUUUGGAAGUCGAUCUUCGCGGCUGGCUUCGCUAUUGAUAACUACAGUUUUCUCGCCGCAUUUGGAUUCAAAUAGGCUUGAUACGCUUUCAAUGGUUUUUAAAGUGCUUUCUUUUAAGAAAAUAGUGCUCCGAUGGCUUAUUUAACUUCUUUCAAGAGUAGUAUGCCGUGUCAACAUUGGUGACCUUCGAAGCGAAAACGGCGAGUCGGCGUAUCAAGUUUUUACUGUGGAGCCACAACUAGGAAUACACUCUCUGCUGGCACAUCUUUCUCCGGUUUGGAAGGAACUCUUCGUGGAAAAGACCCUGACCAAAGAAAUUUUUAAAUCUUCUCUAUUUGAACGUUUGAGAAAAGCCGUCAACAAUGCACAUUUUAUAGUCACCGGAGAAAACGAAUGCGAGAGGUCGAGCUCUACUUCACAUCUCCUUGAGGAACAGCAAGACCGAUUAUCUGAUUCAAUGGACGACCUUUUUGAUCAAACGGCGAAGGAUUCAAGUCUUUUUUCUCUGGCUUAAGACGAUGUAAGCGUCGAUGUGCCUCCAGUGACAAAUCACUCCCCAAAAAGCCCGCCAAGCACUGUCGAAAUCCCGCCAAAAUCUUAUUCGCUGGAAGGAGCCCAAGACGCUGGAUUACUCCAGACAUUCUAGCUCCCACUUCAACAUCUUCGUGUUCGCUUGGGCGAUCUGUAUAAUCAACGUCACAGAUACUGUAUGGUUUCUAUAUCAGUCACUUUAGCCUCCUUGAAAUGUCAAUCAUAAUCCAAAAAUUAUUAUUUCAGGUUACCUUUGUAUUGUUACUUGUUUUUUAUUUAAUAGGCCAAAUUAUAGGGCUACCCUUUCCCUCAGAGCUUACAGGUGGCGCGCCCGAGAUUCUGAGGUGAAGGUAGUCUCUCUUUUGAAAUGUCGGUCAUAAUCCAAACAAUUUUUGUAGGUGAUUUUUGUAGUGUCAUUUGUUUUUGAAAUAGGCCAAAUUAUGGGGCUACCCUCUCCCUCAGAGCUUACAGGCGGCGCGCCCAAGAUUCUGAGGUGAUGGUAGUCUCUCUUUUGAAAUGUCGGUCAUUAUCCAAAUUAUUAUUGUAGGUCAUCUUUGUACUGUCAUUUGUUUUGAAAUAGGCCAAAUUAUGGGGCUACCCUCUCCCUCAGAGCUUACAGGUGGCGCGCCCAAGUUUCUGAGGUGAUGGUAGUCUCUCUUUUGAAAUCAUAACUGUAGGUUAUUUUUGUAGUGUCAUUUGUUUUUGAAAUAGGCCAAAUUAAUUAUAGGGCUACCCUCUCCUUCAGAGCUUACAGGCGGCGCGCCCAAGAUUCUGAGGUGAUGGUAGUCUCUCUUUUGAAAUGUCGGUCAUUUAUCCAAAUUGUUAUUGUAGGUUAUUUUUGUAUUGUCAUUUGUUUCUGAAAUAGGCCAAGUUAUGGGGCUACCCUCUCCUUCAGAGCUUACAGGCGGCGCGCCCAAGAUUCUGAGGUGAUGGUAGUCUCUCCUUUAAAAUGUCGGUCAUUUAUCCAAAUUAUUAUUGUAGGUCAUUUUUGUACUGUCAUUUGUUUUGAAAUAGGCCAAAUUAUGCGGCUACCCUCUCCGUCAGAGCUUACAGGCGGCGCGCCCAAGUUUCUGAGGUGAUGGUAGUCUCUCUUUUAAAAUGUCGGUCAUUUAUCCAAAUUAUUAUUGUAGGUUAUUUUUGUAGUGUCAUUUCUUUUAGAAAUAGGCCAAAUUAAUUAUAGGGCUACCCUCUCCCUCAGAGCUUACAGGCGGCGCACCCAAGUUUCUGAGGUGAUGGUAGUCUCUCUUUUGAAAUUAUGAUUGUAGGUUAUUUUUGUAGUGUCAUUUGUUUUUGAAAUAGGCCAAAUUAUGGGGUUUCCCUCUCUCUCAGAACUUACAGGCGGCGCGCCCAAGAUUCUGAGGUGAAGGUUGUCUCUCUUUUAAACUGUCAAUCGUCAACCAUAGUAUUAUUGCAUUUUCAUUUUCCAGAGUUCAUAGUGGUACCUUCUUUAUAGUUUUACGUGAUUUGUGGCAAAGACAAGACCAGGCUAACAAAUUUAUUCUACUUUAUGCGUGGUGCGACAAUCACCGUGGCUGACUGGCCUCCAAACUUCCUUUAUAAUUUGGACGCUUCUCAGGAGUUCCUUCACUGCUUGUAAUCCAGAAUUGGCGAUUCUCAGAAGCUUGAAGCUCUUGCAUUGCAUCAGUUGUUCCUUGGACGGCGACCUUUUCUUGUCCCAGGUACAAUAUCGAUUCUCGAUUCUCGACUCUCGAUUACCGUAUCUUGCUCGUGCACGGUUUCGACAACGGGACCAGUACUAAGACCAUUGCAGGAAAAUUGUUUGGUAGAAGAAGAGUAAAAUGGUGGCUUCUGUGCGUUACCUGUCUGAUGCUCGGUAUAUCACUGCCAAACUGCGGAACAGAAUGCACGAAAAACCCCUCCGGUACUUGAAAAGAAAGAAAAAGAACCUGAGCGAUGUAAUUUAGUAACUUAUUCAUGGUGUUCAGCUUCCGGAUUAUUCAGCUUAUUGCCAGUUGUAUGUAGGAAAAGUUCACGAGCACAUUAUCGCACUCUAACUGGGUCGAUUGUGAGGAAACUCUUAUGUCAGUCAUUGACUAAAAACUCCCGAGCGUUAAGCCUUUGUGCGACGGACGUCCCUUAGAAAUAAAAAUUGCCCACACUGGUCGCCAAUUCUACUUGCAAAGUGUUGCUGAUUGCAGUGAUUGGUUUGUGUAAUGUAUUCUAGAGUGUAAAUUUAGUACUAACCUCGCAGACAAGGAUGCAAUGAGACAUUUAUUUGCGUAGUUAGGCCUGCUAUCCAUUGGUCAAGCAUUCCUUUUAUUUUAUUUCGAUAGCCUGUCCAUGCACUAACCUUUGGGUACAGAAACUAGCUGCUUCUCGCUGUACCAAAACUUGAUAGUUUUGGCGUUCAAUGUUUUUAACGGGUGCUCACAAAACACCGGGACUGCAUCGUGCGCCUUUGGCGCUUUGGUACCCUGCGAGCUUUGGUUCAUCGCGUUUUGAAAGAUGGAAAUUUUGAUAUUCCCGCGUAAAAGAAGACCGAUAAAACGUGUCUUUCAUUGACUACAGUGAAACGCCCGGAAAUGAAGGAUGUUUUGAAAGAAACGGGAAAACUGAUAAAAGUAAAUAUUUGUUUUGAUAAGUGAAAUUAAUGAGAAAUAACCAUAAACUAGUUUUGUUUUUUUGUUUUUUAGAAGAGGUUUGUCUGGUACCAGAUUUGUACAAUUACUUUCAAUCAAACAUGGAUCGGGUUUUGUUAAUUAUGACAGAAUGUAAUUAAAAAGCAUUAUGUUGACAGCUACAAGGCACAUGCUUGCCUUAAGCUGCGAGUAUCCCGCCAGGUUUUAAACAAAGGGCCUCUGACCAAGCCGGCAUUCUAAUCCGCCACAAAUAUGUGAAGCACGCGUCUUCCAAAGUCGCCUAGUACUUAAAAUCGAGGCUCUGGCCUGUUAUAGCUGAUAAGCAAAAUAAUUUACCCGGUUGGGAAUGAGUAUUUGAAUGGCCUCACUGCUAAAUCUCCCUGCAUCCAAGCUAACGAGGGACUGUGUCUCACGGCCUGUGUGCGUGCGGAGGUAGGGCGGGCAGGCAGUCGGGGUGUGGCAUUGGGGUUAUGGAUGUUACUGACGCUAAGUGUAAAACACAACCUAAAGAAAAACAAAGUUUCAGCUAAGUUUAAAUCUAGGCCUACAAAGAUUCUGCUCGGUAACUUUCUAGCAACUUAUACGAUUUUGAGCUACAUUUUUCGAUUCUGAGCAGCUUUUCGGAGAGUGAGCCACUCUCAAAGUUAGCACAUUUUUGGCAUAUUUUCACUAUUUUAAAAUUACAUUCAUAAAUAAUUGGUAUUUCAACACGUUUUCUAUGGAAAUUCACGAGAAAUUUCACUAGACAAUUUCUUGCGGUUUGAUCGCUUGGUUAUCAUAGAUUCCAAAUAUGGAUGUCCCCGAUUGACUCCAUUUCCAUAAUGGAUGGGUAUCCUGUGAUAAUAUUCCAAAUAUGGUAAAACAAUACGUACAUUAAAGGCAGCACGCUGCACACCUCUGCUGCUUGUUUCAGGUUCAAGGAUUAAGGCCGAAUGCUGUCUCACUGGAGAUGUUCUCUUUGUGGAUGACAACAUCAUUGAAAACUUAACGACAAAGCUUUCUGCCAAUUUUACAACUGCUGACGGCGUUGUAUACUCGAGUGAUACACGAUGCAGUAGUCUUAGGACGUCUCAGUUUCAUUUUCUCAAUAUUUUAGCUGAUUGGAUCUUUUUUUCUAGAGAUCAAACGAUGACAACCAUCACGCAGGAUCUUCGUCCACCCCUUACGCAGUUUAUUUCUUAAACCGGAAGUUGAAGGUUAUCAUAGUGUGUUCAAUCAGUCAGUUCAGUUUAUUUUCUCUCAUUUUUUAACUAGCGAUAAGCUAGAGACUUUUUAAAGAUUGUUGUUUACAAUUAUAAAAGUUUCUAUUGAAUUUGUUGCCCACUACGAAACUUUAGAGAUAAACUCCAGAAGCUGUUGACGAAGAUCCUGCUGGUUGUCAACGUUGGAUCUCUAGAAAAAAGAUCUAAUCAGCUAAAAUAUAAAGAAAAAAAAGAGAGACGUCCCAGGACGGGAUAGUUUCAGGCUGGGAUAGUUUUGAGUGACUGCCCAGGCCUGCUACUUAAAUUGUUGAGUCAGCUUCCGGUUUGAAGUGCAUUGCACUUCCUCUUCUGUGUCACGCAAACGUGACAUUCCCGCUCGGUGAUAUACAAGUAUUUGGCACAGGAUGGGAGGACAGCAUGCUGUUGCAUAUCUUUGAUAGGCUUUAAGGAAAUGGUAGGUGUAUAAAUAGGGUUUCUUAGUAUCAUAUUAAGAAAGUAACAAUUCCACGUUGAAUUGCGUGAAUUAUUUUGAGUUCUAAAAAGCAAUGACGUUUCAAUGGAAUUUCGACCACGACUACUUACGAAGAGUAUAGAUAUUGCAAGACGCAAAAUGUCACUUGUAAGCAAACGGUUCCCAACAAAAUACACAGAACAAGGCAUAUAGCUGUUUAAAAAAAAUUGUCUCGGCAAGUGGAAAGAGUUCCAUACGGAAAAACGCAUAAGUAUCUUGUUAACCGGGAGUAUCGUUGUUUUUACCCUUCGAAUGUCGUGACAAAAUGGCGUGUUUUGACCUCAAGGGUCGCUUUUGUUUGGCGUUCAAAAAUUUUCGCUCAGGAUUGCCCAAAAAUUUUAUUGCAUUUAUUUGAAGAAGACACCUUGCUCUUUCUAUCGGUAGGUAAGUUAUGAUUUUUGUGUCUGAAAUUUGCCAAUUUUAUGUCUGUCAAAAAUCGGUAAAAUAAGUAAAAUUAUUAAAAAUCCGAAAAAUAUUAGAUUUGCUGUCGAAUAGGAAAAUUUUACAACGAAACUAUUGGUAAAGUUGUAUUCUUUCUAUUAAGAUUUUCAGAGGCAGAGUUUUUUGCUUCUUUAAUUUUUAAACGAUUUUUAAGUAAUAUAGUUUUGAGCCUCCGAACCGACUCGGUCGCCGUACGCGUAAAUAAAAAUCCAAUCGACCUAGGUAUUUUGACAAAGUUUGGGGAUUUUCGAUUUUUUCAUUUUGCACACCCCCGGGCGAUAUUUACGGACGGCCGCUCUUAAGCUUUUUAUUCAUUUGUAAACAAUGUUCAAUUUUUAAAUACUCGACCACAUCAGCUCCGCUGUAAUUUUAUCGUGUUUAAAUAAAUGUUGUUGUUGUUGUCUUAGUGUAGAGUGCGCUUGUCGUGCAUUUAAACAAAGCAAACCAUUUAUGAAAAACGUCAUUUGAUGAAAGGAUUGGAAUUGGUAUAAAGGUAACGGCUUGCACAUAAAUCAAACUCAUCAGGACGCAGGUUUAUUGUCAGUUGUAACAUCUUUAUAUUACUUUAGACAGCUUCGACGCCUCUUUUCAGUGGGACGCCCUGGAAGACUCUUCCUCAAUACAAACAAACAUCGUUAAAAUGCUCGAAUGAAGACAAAAACACUUUUGUUUGCUUAGGAUUUUGUGUUUGGUUAUAGGGUAUUGCCUGUCAAUGUCUUAUUCUUAUCCUGUGGGUCCAGGAUGAGAUUGGGGAGACGCCGGGAGUACAUAGUUAUAAUGAAGGGGUUUCUGCGGUAGCACAAAGUAAUGUGAAUAAGUGAGCGUAAAGCUGCGUGCAAAGGGACGCAACAACUCCCAACAUUGUUGGGUCAAAAAUGUUUGGAAUUGUUUCGUCCGUGUUGGAAGUGGUAUGCAAACGGAUGCACCUCCCCAAAACACCCAAUAGCACGCAACAGGGUGUGCAAACGGACGCAACAUGUAACAUCCAACAAUGUAGGUUAUGUUGGCCGUUUCACGGGGCCAAAAGGUUGCAGACUGACAAAACUGGCUUUUAUCAACUUGAUAUAUGUUUGUUUUCUUUUGCAGGCGUCAAAAGGUUCUCUGCACAGGGCUGCUGUAAGUGGGCAACAGGAGACGGUCAAUAAGACGGAAUACGUGGAUCUAAGCGAUGAUCUGUUUGACCAAAGUGAUUUGCCUGGCCCAAGUUUUCUAAAAGACGAGGUAUUAGUUGUUUUCAGUUUAUGUAAAUCUUAUGUUAUACCCGGCCUCUCGCGUUCGCUUUACUUGCGGAUUCUUUUUGAUCAUAGUGGAUAACAAAAUUAGGCGAACGGUUUGAAACGCCCGUAAGUAACAGUCCACUGAUCAAAUUAAGGGAAUUUCGAAAUGUCUUUUCAACAAGAGUUGACCCGGAUGUUAUUCUCGUAGGGCGAGUUAUUAAGGUAAUAACAGGAAUUCGCCAAUCAGAUUGUGUGGGCGACAAUUCUUUAAAUUCAAAUUAAAAUCUCCUACUAUUUUUACAAAACUUGUUUUCUCUAGUUAUUUUUGCUAUAAUUGUACUAAAAUAUUGGCGUCUGCAGUGAGAUACCCAGUCUUUGGGAAACAAAUAAUUUGCUGUGUCAUGCAAUGCAUUUUGUACAACUACAUCGUUAAUGUUCUUUUAUAUCCUACGUUAAGAUAGCCCCAUCAAAUGAUGCUUAUAUUGUGGAAUUUCACGGGCUACAUUCAAUGGCCAUGUUCAUUUGUUCGUGAAACAGGGAAAGACAGGUCGUAACAUUCUCGUGCGCCCACGUAAUUCGCUUGCUCUUACUAGUUUAUCUUGAGAGAGCCUGAAGGGACUACUCCUAGUCAGUUUGAAGACUAUUUCAACGUUUUCAAAAUUGAGGCACAAUCCGGCAAUAUCGAAAGGUUGUUGGCAUAUUUUUAACGCUUCCAAAGUUAUGAUGUCAUGAGAUAAGCUAUGCAAUUAUUUUCGUUGUGUGCAGCGUAGUGUAUAUGCCUCUCGCUACUGGUUUAUGUUUCAUAAAAAUUUCAAAAGCUAUAGUGUAUAGCCAAAUGCAACUAGUUUUUAUUACUUCCUGCAGAUCAGCACGUUUCUGUUUCCCGAUCGGACACCUUCUGAUUCUGGCUCAGAAUCAACAACAGAGAGCGAGGAGGAAAGCGAGGUAAGUUAAGAACGUUUGGGAAGGUUGUGCUGUUGUAAACUAUGUAACUGUUACCAUGUGUCUGUUAAAAAGAGUGUGCUACUAGAUUCGCUCGUAUGAAGUGGAACUAUUAUCUUAAGUAUCUCUAAUGCUGUCACUGGAAACCUCUUGUCGGUAAAAUUUGGUGACAAUAUUUUACUUUUUGCAUAAAGAAUAAUUAAUAUGCUUUUGAUAAUUAAAUUGUUUAAGGCCGCGAUCUAUUAAUAAAUUCAUGAGGCAAAAUUUUGCCUGUGCUACAUCUUUUAAAACGCUUAUAUCUCGGCUGUUUUAGCAGCGAUUUAGAUAAAACUUUAAACAGAAAUUGUGGAAUGAUGGAAGUUUAGGGUGGUUGUUUUUUAUUUGGUAGAUUGCGCCUAACGGCAAUACUUUAAACUACCGUUGCACCAAACUGGGAAAUCCUGCUUUUGUGUCCAAGUUUGCGCAAAGAAUAGAAGAUAGCACUCUGAGAUUUUAUUAAUAAAUGAUCAGUCAAACCCUCUAGUGUGUCAUGUAUAGAGCCGAUUUUACAAUUUAAAGAUUGCUAGCAAGGUAUAAUCGUUUAAAUGAGCAAAAUCUGUCAUCCCUGAAAUUAACGCCUUAUAUCUUUUCAUAAAGCGCUCUUUUAGAAUUCCGCUCUACACAUUUUUUUAAAAUUAUUAAUGAAUGGCUGAUUACGAACUACUUACACGACAUGUAUAUUACCACAUCUAUACUACUAGUAAUAGUUGACACUACAUGGGCACCCAACGAGAAUAUAGUUCAAAACCACUUAGACAUAGCAUUGUUAAAAGUAUUUUAGUAAUUAAACGGUAAAUAUAGGCAUAUUUUUGUCCCCUAAAAAUUUUUCAUCUGUUCGGAUUUCCUAGCUGAAAGUCUAGUGAUCCGAAAAUUAUAGGAAUCAAAACUUACCUUUUCGAAAUUUUCGACCAGUAAAAAGGCUCCCGAAAAUUCUAGGUGACCUUUUUAGGGUAAAAAUCCGUAAAAAAUGGGCAAUUAUACCAUUUUUUUGAUGUUCGAAAAUCCUAGGAGAGGCAGGCAAGGAAGAGAUUUUACAACAAAUGUUCCGAAAAUUCUAGAUCUCAAAUCGUCCUCCGAACAGAUAUUUUCCGAAAAUUGACGUUGGGUGCCCCUGACACUACAGCUGCCCCCGCUCUGUAUAUUGUCGGUCAAUAGCAUUCUUGCUCGUUGUGUAGCUCUUUGAAAUAUACCGAUUCAUGAGGAAGACUUUCACUCAUAUUCCAUACAAUAGGUGAGAUAAAUACGGGAAAGGCAAGGUUCCAUGCACAGUUUCAGGUCGAUUUACACAGUUUUGAUCAAAACAUUCUCAGUUUCGAGAAUAGUUCAUUCUAAACCGUAAGAAAAGAUUUAAUUAGAAGUUGAAUUUUUUGCUAUUUCUCUUUCACUUUUUACAUUCAGUUCAUUUUAUUUGCGGGAAAGGAAGCCUUAGAAAUUAAAAGGACGUUUUAAAGUCUUACUUUAAACUUUAUAGCGGAAGGACAUCUGUGAGCAGGGAAUAAGUCAGCACGGAAUUUGAUUGUCGGCGAAUUUCUGUAAUCGUACAUAGUUCUGCUAGUGAGAAGCUAGCCGUUGUUCACUCGUCUUGCUUGUUUGGGGCUGAGUCUUAUUCCGGUCAAAGAGAGAGAAAGAGUGUCUGGCAAAGUUUCCAAUGAAAGAUUUGAGAACUCGUGUCUGGUAAACUCUCCAAGUGUUUACAUAUACAUAGUUAUACGCACCUCAUAACUUCUUCUGCGCUCAACGAGUGUCGUUAAAAUUUUGGUCCUUAUAACUUUCACUGAAACAACUGCUCCACAGAAUGUCACUGAUAACACGUAACGCAAAAGAGUAUCGAAGUAUGACUGCACAAUAAAUGUCACAAAAUCUACCUAAGCAGUCCCUUGGAGAUGUUCUGUCUUUACGUCAUCCUAACCAUUUCGUACUUGCGGGCGCAAACAAUAGAAACGUCAUCAUUACCUACCGAUUCCUCGCGGGCCCUGUUCAAGCAAAUCGAGAUUUUUUCUAUAUUGACUGUAUGACUGUAUAUUUCAACUGUAAGUACUUUCCUUAAUAUACGCGCGAGUUACUAGAGUGCCUCCUCGGGAUUUCGCCUUCUGGGCGAAAUCGCUGCGGGGGCAGUAAAGAGCUAGUGCAGAUAUACAAAAGACACUAGCUACAUAUAAUACUAAUGCAAUACAACACAAUUUAGGUACUACUACCACUAUUGCAAAAAUAAGAACAGAUGCAUUUUAAUUCUCAGUACCACGGCAGUAUAACUGAAACUUUUUCCAUUUACAUUCCUAGUCCGCUAAGUAUUUGUUAUUUGAUUUCAUAAGUUCCUUUUCUAACUGGUGAACAUAACUGACUUUAUUUAAAACAAGACCCUAUGGGAGCGCAUACUUCGGCAUCGCAGUUGUGGAUUUAAUUGUGGAUGCGGAGGAAUAGUAAGAAAUGAUAUUUUUCCGGAUACUCUUCCAUAAAAAUACCCUUACUUUUCUCUUUUUGAGUAAUAGAGGUCUUAACUUCUUCACCGAAAGUCUGCUAGGUGCAUGACCGCGUGGCUGUAACCCAAUUCGUUUAUAAUUUCUGUCAUAAAUAAAUUGCGCACGACGAGAUUUCAGUUCCACUUCCUUUAUUUAUUUCCUGUGCAACAACACUUUUCUUAUGUACAGUUAACUCCGCACGUUCUCCAGCAACGUAACUAACUAACAUCAGUACACUCCCUUACAAAACUUGCUGAAAAUGCACAUUUUUCAGAUCACGAGGACUCGAGGGCGAAGAAGGCGUUCCAGGGUUCUUCACAAUUCAACUGUUUUAGGAUCAGUGAGAAAGAGGAAGGGAAAAAGAGGGGUGAGUUAAGACUGUUAUUUAUGUCAUUGCUGCAAAGCGAAUGUAGCUUAAGCUUAAGCAAAGUUUAUCCUAGUCACUAGUCGCUUAGGGAAACUUAUUGGAAACAGGCUUUUUUCUUUGGAAAGAUGAUCGUAAGAAUUACGGGGUGUUUGUAUCAUGCCCGGAGCAGCCAUCAGUCCUUGAGAACAUCCUCCUUUUACAUUACAGCUAUUUCGAAGGAAAAGGCCAGAACAUUUUAAGUGUUUCCUUUUCAUUGAUGUUAUCAUUUGUCUAAAUUGUUGUGUUCUAAAAUUUCCUCUUAAUUAUAAAUUGUUGCUGUUUUCUGGAAAACCUCCCACGAAAUUACAAAAUGCUGCACGAAGACGUUGUCUUGUUGAGAUCACCUAUUUUUACCACAAUAUCAAACAUUAUAACAACAUUAUACAAAAUUAGGGCGAAGCACUUUUAACAUUUUAAAACAA